AUGGAUCUGAUCAACUCAACUGAUUACCUGCUCAAUGUCUCUACCUUAGUAAGAAACAGCACUCACUUCCCAGCUUCUGCCUCAAAAAUGAUCAUUGUCCUUUUUCUGUUCACGUCAUUUAUAAUUGGUACUAUCACCAAUGGUCUCUACCUAUGGGUGCUAAAAUUCAAGAUGAAAAAGACUGUCAACACUCUUUUAUUUUUUCAUCUCAUUCUCUCAUAUUUUAUUUCAACUUUGGUCGUGCCAUUUAUAGCCACCUCCUUCCUUCAGAACAAUCACUGGAGCUUUGGAACUAUCACAUGUAAGGUCUUCAACAGCAUUUUGUCUACAGGAAUGUUUGCCUCUAUUUUUUUCCUCUCAGCCAUCAGUGUUGAUCGUUAUCUUCUCACCCUUCACCCGGUGUGGUCACAGCUUCACCGAACCCCACGCUGGGCUUCCCACAUCAUCCUGGGAGUCUGGGUCUCUGCCACUGUCCUCGGCAUACCCUAUCUAGUUUUCAGGGAGACACACGAUGACCAUAAAGGAACGGUGACCUGCCAAAAUAACUAUGCUGUGUCUACUAACUGGGAAAGCAAGAAAAUGCAAACAUUGAAGAAAUGGAUUCAUGUAGCCUGUUUCAUCAGCCGCUUUUUGCUGGGCUUCUUUCUGCCUUUCUCUGUUAUCACCUUUUGUUAUGGAAGAGUAGCCAACAAGAUGAAAGAGAGGGGUUUAUCUAAAUCCAACAAGCCCUUCAAAGUCAUGAUGACUGCCGUUAUCUCUUUUUUUCUGUGUUGGAUGCCCUACCAUGUAUACCAGGGUUUAGUUCUCACUAAGAACCCACCACUACUUUUACAGUUGGCUAUGAUGCUUACAGUGAUAACUACUUCUUUCAAUACUGUCUUUUCUCCCACACUCUACCUAUUUAUUGGGGAGAACUUCAAAAAGGUUUUCAGGAAGUCCAUUCUCGCUCUUUUUGAGUCAACAUUCAGUGAAGUUUCUGCACAAAGGAGAGAAAACCGAAACUCAGAAUUCUACAUUUAA